AUGAGCUUAAGCAAACCAGAGAACUUACUACUAGUAGGAGCUAGUGCGCUAGUUGGUGUGGCAUUGGCAGCCAUCUUAAAUAGAGAUUCGACCUUGGACAAACAUAAGCAGGACUUUGGAUUGGAGAAAGUAGAGGAGAAGCAAGUAGGAAAGCAGAGAGUUCUCCAGAGAGGCAAGACUGGAAUUAACCUUGAUAGAUAGAUGUCUAGCACUAAUCACUUGCAAGAUAUUUAAGCUGAAUCUGAGGAGGCAUUAGAACUUAGAAAGCUAAUCAAAAAGCAAUAGGAGAUGACACAAUAGCUAUUGCAGUUAGCAGCUCCUAUAGUCGACAGGUGUCCGCAUCUAGUAGAUCUCUAUGGUCUAGCUGAGAGAUUCAUGGUCAGUCCCUUGAUUGGAGACAAUCUCAAGAGAUCUAUCUUCGGUGGUGGUGGCUUCUUACCAAAAGACGCUUUUAUGCAAGAUGAUUCAUUUGUCAUUGCUUAAAAAGAUCAUUCAACAAUGAGAGAAGUAGUUCAAUCUUUGAAGUUUACCAAAGGAGGGCCAAGAGAGCAUGUGUUCUUCAACCCAAAGACAGUCAAAGCAGCGAUUGUGACAUGUGGAGGACUGUGUCCAGGCCUUAAUGUAGUCAUUAGAGAAAUUGUGAUGAGCUUGUACUUCAACUACGAAGCUCAUGAGAUUUAUGGAAUCUAGUGGGGCUACAAAGGCUUCUACACCAACCCAGACAAAUCUUGGAUAGAGCUGACACCUCAAGUUGUGAAGAACAUUCACAAACUAGGAGGAACUAUUCUGGGUUCAUCCAGAGGAGGAUUCUAAAAAGAUAAGAUAUUAGAUGAGAUCUAGAAGAGAGGCAUUAACUAGGUUUAUAUUAUUGGAGGAGAUGGUACUCACAGAGGCAUCAACGAGUUGAUAAAGAGAGCCAUGGAGCGCAGAAUGAUUAUCUCAUUCGUAGGCAUCCCUAAGACCAUUGACAAUGAUAUCCCUAUCAUUGACAACUCAUUCGGAUUCAACACAGCUUGCGAAGUGGCAGAGAGAAUGAUUGAAGCUGCCUACACAGAGGCUACUAAUGCUUAGAAUGGUAUUGGGCUUGUCAAACUCAUGGGUAGAUAUAGUGGAUUUAUUGCCAGAAACGCUAGUCUUGCUAAUGGAAAUGUUGACAUGUGCUUGAUUCCAGAGCUUCCAUUUGAACUAGAGGGACCUAAAGGAUUCUAUGAAUAGAUAAUUACUAAGUUGAAGGAGCAGAAUCACUGUGUGAUUGUUGUUGCUGAAGGAGCUGAGGAAGGUCUUAUUAACCCUAAUGAGAAAAUUACUUAAGUCGAAAAAAGAGACGACUCAAAUAACCUUAUCUUUGAUGAUAUUGGCAAAUUCCUCAGAGAUGCAAUUCCAAAGUAUGCCAAAACUAAGCAUUAAAUGGCUGUAACUUUGAAGUACAUCGACCCAACCUAUGCUAUCAGAUCUGUCCCAGCAAAUGCUGUCGACACCAUUAUGUGCGCAAAAUUGGCUCAAAAUGCAGUUCACGGUGCUAUGUCUGGAUACACUGGCUUCUCAGUGGGAGUAGUAAGAAAUGCCGUAGCAUAUAUCCCAAUCACUACUUUAAUUGAUGCAGGAGUGAAUAGAGUGUCCAUGACUGAGAGAACUUGGCAAAGACUUAUGGCUUAGAACAGGCAGAAGUAUAUGAUCAAUGAUGACUUCAAGGACAAGGCUUGGGAAGUUAUUAGAUAAAAGUAAGAAGAAAGGAAGCAAGUGUUUAGAGACAUUCUUAAACGUGUUAGAUAAUAGCAUGAUGCCAUAAUUAGAGGUUCCCCCGUUCUCCAAGAAGCAGAGAUUGAUAAUGCUUGA